UGCGGUGCGGUGUCGCCGGCGCGCGAGGGGGAGAUCACACGCGUCGUCCGACGCCGACCACGGCGUCGCGUCGCGUCGCAUCACGCACCCACCGCCACCGCCACCGACGCGGCACACGGCGGUGCCCUGGAGCUUUUUCCCGUUGAAAUCUCAGGUCUCCGCAUCCGCCCUGUCGCCUUCUCCUCGAUUAAUUUGGCCCGUCGCUCGGUCGUGCGGCUACCACCUCGCCUCGCCUCGCCUCACCUCAGAGUGGGCUGCGUCAGCCAGCCGGAGCCGGACUCGCGCAAAGGACGAAAGCUCCACUCCUCCCGUCUUCCGGCAGCGAUCUUGGUCUGGGAUGCACUACUAGCCCCGAAGAACGACGAGGUAGCAUGCGCACACGGGUGGAAGAUCCGGCAUCCCUGCUCUGAGACGCAGCCCAGCCCUGUCCCAAGGGGUGCUUUAAUGCUCCGGUCGUACCUAAUUCAGAAGGUCAGAAUAUCUUGGCACCCGUCCUUCCAAUCGGUCACAUUGCUUCAAGGGCAUUCGCUUUCGCAGUUGCCGUGACUGGAAAAGAACAAAGGAAGUUCGAACCUGAUCUUCUGAGGAUUGUUGCUGCUUCUCCGCGAGGGAUCAUUGGUUUCCUUCAGGAUCAACUGCUGACGGCCGCUGCAGGAGGAGGCACAGCGAAGGGAAGGGAGGUGGCGGUGGGGCUCCUCAUUACGGCCUUUUCCCCAGCAGCACAGCUCACUCCAGCAGCGGCAGCGACUGCAGGGAAAGCAAAGCAAAGGAGCGGCACGCCAGCCAUCGCCAUGGCAGAGGAGAAGAAGAAGCACAAGCACAGCAAGCACAAGGAGAAGGACAAGGAGAAGAAGGACAAGGCCGGCGGCGCGGCGGCGGCGGCGGAGGCGAGCUUCAAGCCGUGCGGCGACGUGAAGGGCAUCCGCUUCGGCGGGCAGUUCAUCGUCAAGUCGUUCACGGUGCGUCGCGCGUCGCCGCUGGAGCUGCUCCGGCUGCUGGACAUCCCGCCGUCGUUCCUGAGCGAGCUGCAGAGCCUGCCGUUCCCGUCCACCACCGCCUACAUGCCCACCAGCUUCACCAUCCUGGCGCACCAGGCGUGGCACACGCUCACGCUCGGCCUCGGCACCAAGAAGUCCAAGGUGGUGCUCUUCGUGUUCGAGUCGGAGGCCAUGAAGGCGGCCGUGGACCAGCUGUGGCCGGCCAUGAUCCCGCUCGGGGACGUGAACAAGAAGCUCAUCCGCGGCCUCUCCGGCAGCGAGAUGGCGCGCUUCAAGUUCAGGAAGGGGUGCCUCACCAUCUACGUCUACGCCGUGCGCCGGCUGGGCGCCGCUGGCUUCGUGCGCGCCGACGACCUCAGGAGGAUACUGCAGGCCGUGGUGGAGCUCAAGGACUUCCUGGACCACACCGCCAUGCUCGCCAUGCCCAGUCAGAGGAGCAUCACCUUGCAGUCCCGGGGCACCGUGGCCCAAUGAUCCUGCUCCCGAUCGAUGGCCUCUUGCUCGAUCCAUUCCUGCAGCGCAGGUACUGUUAUUACUGGCUCGCAAUUCGCAAAGAGAUGUCUGAUUCUUUUGGGUUGGAUUAGUUUGUUUUUUCACUGUCGGUGUUCCCCUCCCCUGCCGGGAGCUGUAUAGAUCUAUAUGUCGAGCAAAAUCUUAAGCAUAGAAAUUUUCCCAAAGGAAAUGAUCUUACUCCACUUUUAGUAUACUCCUGCCUCUGAAAUUAUCCUUCAUCAAUGAAGAAGCCAUGUGCUCUGUUCUA